AUUAUUGCCUGUGAAGGCUGACAUGAAAGCAGAUAGAGUUAAUCUCAGCAGUGUUUACUCAGUCUUGUGAUUGCAUACUUGGAAAUACGCAUAUUUAUCUAAGAAACGUUUGUGAAAUUCACUAAAACUCUUCCAGGUAGGACACAGAAAGGGAUUCACUGAAGUAACAACAAACUGUGAUCUGUAGAAUUUCCUCCAAUGCUACCUGAUUGUACAGCCAGGUCUUACUGGACAGUGCUAUAGAGGGAAUCCCUGUGUAGAGCAUAUUGCAGAUAUGGAUUUAUUGAUGAGAGGGAGUGUAGCAGAUAUUUAAGAUACUCAAAGCACCACACUUCCCAGCUCUCCUCGCCCUGGGAGAUCACUACACUCACAUGAUCUAUGUAAGCACUAUUGUGCUGGUAAGUCACUUUCAAUCAACUUGCUCUCUCCAAUAAAUGUUGACCAUUUAAGAAAAGUAAAUGCAUUUUUCACACAGUAGAAUGUAUUGAUGUGUAAUCUGACUUCAGUAGUCCCCUUUAGUCUGGAUGAAGAGUACAGAAUCUUCCUACACUGUGCCUACAUUAAUGGGUUACACAACCAUGAUUGCUGAGAUAAAAUAACUUGUUCCUAUUUGAUGUUCAAUUUUUAAACAAACAGAUUGUAUUUCAAGGAGUGAAAGGUUUCACAAGCGAGGCAGCAGAUUGCACAAGUAAGGUGACAGGAAGGUAUUAAAGUCUGUCUUUCACUUUAAAUUCUUUUUGCUACUUAUCACUGUGUGGUAACCAUCAGUUAUGGCCCUCAACCGUUGCCCUGAUGCAAUCCUUUGUUCUCCUUGCGUGGGACAUCCCCGGGCAUGAGACCCGGCUCCCAGGGUGGCACAUAUCCUUCUAAGCACCCUUGUCCCAUGCAGUCCUUCCUCUGCCUGCCACAGAUCCAGCAGAUCACACCAACUUUUACCAAUUGCAGCGAUGAUGGUAGCUGAUGAUUAUCAGAGGAUUAUCAGAGGAUCAGCGCUGGAUUCUACGUGAGUUAUGCUCGCUAGACUCAUGCAAAGGAUGGCACUCAAGCCUCCAUGUGCUCUGACAUCUGGGACCAGCAGUGCCGGUCGAAUACAGCCGUUCCCAAGUGGCGUCGGCAGCGUGGUACCUCGGAACACCGACCGGUGCACUACAGAUCCUAGGGUGCAGCGCGCCCGCGCCCCGCCCCCGCCAGCGCUCGGGCCCCGCGGAGCCCAUCGGGAUUUGUAGUCUGCAGAGGCGGGCAGAAGGACGGGCGAGGGCUCUACCGGCGGGGCUCUCGCCUGCCGGUCCGGAGCCAGCGGCACUCCCCGGAUCCUCUGAGGUAGCGAGGUAGGCACAUCCCGCGUCGCCGGGCGCUGGCUCCCCGCCCAGCAGUCGGGAGUCCGCCGUGCAGGAGGCAACCGGCGGGGCAGAGCGGCGGCGCUGCCCGACGGAGCAUCAUGCUGGAGUCCAUCUGUGUCACCGAAAAACUUCACUGGCCUAAGACAGAGCUUUCUAGGAAAUCAGUCCUGAGUCUGGAAGAACAUAAGUGGAACAUUAAUAAUGAAAACAGCCUUCAGCAUCCACCUUCUGAGAUCCUUAAGGACAUUUUCACAACAGGAACCAGUAGCUACAACGUCCUUCUGCAGAGCAAACAGGAGAAAAAACACCACACUCAAAAGCAAUCAUCCGCCCAUCACAAGAAACACAGGAAAACCACCAAGUGCUCCUCCAGCUCGCGGGGCAGCGAGCACCGCCGUGUGAAGGUGCCGCUGCCCUUGCUGGGCGGGUGGUGCUGCGGCCUCAGGCAGCCGCCCCUCCUCGGCACUGACCCCACGGCCACCGGCGUCAAGUUCACCAGCAGCUCCUCGGCUGCGGGGAGUGCCGCCGCACUGCCACCGCGGCCCAGAAGCAGAACUAAAAAGCAUCCUAGUCUCACAAAGCCAAAGCAGUCUCAGUCCUCAAAAAGCCAUGGGAAGGAUGGCGAUGCCCCUGGACAAAAGCUCUGUUUACUGACUGCAAUCAAGCCGUCCAAUGUGGAGAAAGAGAAGGUUAAAUUUUUCAACUCCAAUUUCACCUACAAUCCUCAAUUUGAAUAUGAAAACCCUGCUCUGCCAAAUGUGUUAGCUAAGCACAGCCAUGCAUCUGACAGAUUUCUUAAGCAGUCAAUUAAUAUUAUGAAGCGGACACUGCAGAAAUAUGGAAGCUAUGAAAAAUUUGAACAGGCUGCUGGAGGCAGCUUGCUGACCAAAAGUCGCAUCUGGAAUCACGUCAGGAAGUACAUGAUGAAAGAAGGCUGUCUUGGUGAGAUUGUGGUCCAUCUCACAGAGGACCUGCUGUCCCGAGCCUCCAUGACCGUGGUGAACGGCCGCCCCACUCUCACCAUCAAUGUCUCCACUGCGCGAGAACACUGGCUGGAGGGGAUGCUGAGACAUGAAAUUGGAACUCAUUACUUUCGGGGUUUUAACAACAACAGCCAGCCUUGGUGCAACCGUAACGGACGUAGAAAACAUGGGUUAAAACCAAUCAACCCUACAGAAGAGGGGCUAGCGAGCAUUCACAGUGUCCUGUUCCGCAAAGACCCUUUCCUUUGGAGAGCUGCUCUGCUCUAUUACACAGUGUACCAGGCCAGCCAAAUGUCCUUCAGUCAGCUUUUCCAGGACGUGGGGAAAUUUGUCAAGGACCCCAAUACUAGGUGGGAUUACUGUGUACGUGCCAAGAGAGGAUGGACUGACACUUCACAGCCAGGCUGUUUCAAUAAGGACCAGGUGUAUUUGGAUGGCAUCCUCCGAAUCCUGAGAUACAGGGAGUCCAUUGAUUUUCAUCUUCUGACAGCCCUUGGAAAGAUCUCAUACGAGGAUGUGGAUCGCCUGAAAGGAUUAGCUGUGAUUGAGAACAUGAGGGUGCCACACUUUUUGCAAGACCACGCCCGGUACAUGGAACACUUGAAAAAGAUCAUGGAAGUCAAUGAGUUGACUGAUGAGGAGCUCCAGGAUCUCAUAAAUUAACAGUAUUAGAUCUCCACUCACUUACUGUGUGAGGAUGUAGAACUGGACUUUCCAGAGCUUGCAAAAAGGGACUUAUGAGGGAUGGGAGGGAAGAGUGGCCAGAAUAUGUAGAAUUCAGAAAAAGACACUUUAUGUCCUUUUGCACUGUGAUUGUAUACUGAUUAUUUUUAAAGAGAUUGUGCAUUUUUGUAAAAUUGGCUUAGAAAUUCCUCUGCAGUGAUCUGUCCAAUCAUCUAUUCUCUUUUAUAUGCUUGAUAUAGUGCUCAAUGCUGUUUCUUGUAAUAUAUUGCCUUUUCCCACCCAGGUUUAGAGGUGGAAGAAAGGAGACAGAGGAGAAAUUCCCCCUUAGUUCACUUGUUUGCCUUAUCUUUGGUCAUAGCUGUCACGGUUCAUAGAAAUAGAACUGCUAUAGAUUAUGCUGCCUUGCUGUCUGCAUAACUUUCCCAUUUGGUCAUCAUUACAAUGAAAACAGAAAGUUUAAAAACAGUGCACAGAAGCAGGUAUUUGCACCACAGGAUCGAAGUCUGUAACAUUACAAAAAGUUUCAGGGUGUUUUUUUAGUGAGAGGAUUAGUGUUUUAAAAAAGAGAGAAAUGGUAGGUAGUGGUAUUCUAAUGAUUGUGAGUAGCAAAGCUUUCCCUUUCAUUCCCUGAAAAAGUUACAGUAAUUUCACGAUUAUAAGAUGCACCAUUUUGACUAAAAUUUUGGUCCGAACCCAAAGUGCGGCUUA